AUGCGGGAGUUCAACGCUAAAUUCUUCCCUCCUCUAGUUCAGGAACGAAAGGAGCAUGAAUUUAUCCGGUUUCGUCAAGGGACUCAGACAGUGGCCGAGUACCAGAGCCAAUUCACUCGGCUGUCCAAAUUUGCAACCGAGCUCAUCGUGACCGAGCAACGAAGAAUACGGCGAUUCGUCCAGGGUCUGAACGUGGAGGUCCAGAAGGAUCUAGCCGAAGGACAAAUUAACGCCUUCAGUGAUGCUGUAGAGAAGGCGCAACGAGUAGAGAAUGCUAGGUUACAGGGGGAUAAGAGUACCCCUCCCAAGUUUGGAGGGGGAGCCGGAGGUGGAAGGCAGCCGAGCAUAAGUAGAGGGGCUCAGGUAAGUGGUGGCCCAGCUGGGAGAGGCCAAAGAGGAGGUUUCCAGAGAGGUUCGGGUUCUGCAUCCCGUGGACCCUGCAGGUAUUGCGGAAAGCCAAAUCACACAGAGGAUAACUGCUGGAAGAAGGAGGGAAAGUGCCUGCGUUGCGGAUGUGCAGACCACCAGCUCGCCACCUGCCCAGUUCUAAAGCAAGAUGGAAAGGGAAGUCAACAACCGCCAAGGACCAGUUCUGGACCAGUUAAGGUGGACGGGACGAAACUCAAGGUGUCGGCUCGAGUGUACUCGCUAGAGCCCCAACAGGUCCCAGACUCUUCCGAGGUCGUAGAAGGUACGAUCCCUAUAUUUCACCGAUUUGCGAAGGUCUUAGUAGAUUCCAGUGCCACCCAUUCCUUUGUUAACCCUAAUUUCAUGUGUGGUACUAAUAUCAAACAUGCUAGUUUACCUUAUGACCUAGAAGUUAGUACCCCUACUGGGGACCAUCGUUUGAUCACUAGCAUGGUUUAG